AUGUCAUCCUAUUCAUCGUCUUAUCACCAAUCUUCCUCUGGAAGUAGCUACUCCAACAGCCGUGGCGGAAGUUAUAGAGAUAAUAGAGAAACCUCACCUAGAAGAUCAAGUAGACCUUCUUCUGGUUAUAGCCACUCUAAAAGUGAUGAUCGUGGUUAUUCUUCUUACCGCUCCGGAGGUUCUGAUAGCUCAAGAUAUGGGAGCAGUAGCCGUGGCGGCAGCUAUGGUUCGUCUUCCCGUUAUGGUGGUAGCAGCAGUGGCGGUUACGGUGAUAGUUACUCUAGCCGAGGUGACUCCAGUAGUUAUGGCCAACGCUCCUCUGGUGGUGAUAUUCAAUGGGAUUUGGCUUCUCUUCCCAAGUUCGAAAAGAAUUUCUAUAAUGAGCAUCCUAAAGUUUCCCAACGCACCAAAGAAGAAGUGGAUGCUAUUCGUGCAGCUGCUAAUAUGAAUGUGACUGGUCAUGAUGUACCCAAGCCCCUUCAAAGCUUUGAGGAAGCUACUUUCCCCGGUUAUGUAAUGGAUGAAUUGAACAAGUUGGGCUUUGAAAAACCUACUGCUAUUCAGUGCCAAGGUUGGCCUAUGGCUUUAAGUGGUCGUGACGUCGUUGGUGUUGCCGAAACUGGUUCUGGCAAAACUUUGGCUUAUAUUCUUCCUGCCAUUGUUCACAUUAACGCUCAGCCUUUGUUGCAACCUGGUGAUGGCCCAAUUGUUCUUGUUUUGGCUCCCACUAGAGAAUUAGCAGUUCAAAUUCGUGAAGAAUGUGUGAAAUUUGGCUCUACCUCUAGAAUUAAGAAUACUUGUCUUUAUGGUGGUACUCCACGUGGACCGCAAAUUCGUGAUCUCUCUAGAGGUGUUGAGAUUUGUAUUGCUACACCUGGUCGUUUAAUAGAUAUGCUCGAAGCUGGCAAGACGAAUUUGAAGCGUGUCACCUAUCUUGUACUUGAUGAAGCUGAUCGUAUGUUGGAUAUGGGUUUUGAGCCUCAAAUCAAGAAAAUUAUCAACCAAAUUCGACCUGAUCGUCAAACUUUGAUGUGGUCUGCUACAUGGCCCAAGUCUGUAGAGCGUUUGGCCACCUCUUACCUUAAGGAUUAUAUUCAAGUCACUAUUGGUUCGUUGAGCUUGAGUGCUUCUGCCAACGUCUCACAAACCGUUGAAAUUUGUACAGAACAAGAAAAGCGUGGUAAACUGAUCACUCAUUUGGAACGUAUUAUGGAAAGCCCUGAAAAUGAAAGAAAGACAAUUAUUUUUACAAGUACCAAACGUACGGCAGAUGAAAUUACUCGUUUCCUUAGACAAGAUGGCUUCCCAGCACUUGCUAUUCAUGGUAACAAACAACAAAAUGAACGUGACUGGGUUUUGAAUCAAUUCCGUUCUGGAGGCCAUCCUAUUAUGGUGGCUACAGACGUUGCUUCUCGUGGUAUAGAUGUCAAGGAUGUCAAAUACGUUAUCAAUUACGAUUUCCCUAACAAUGUUGAAGACUAUGUCCAUCGUGUCGGUCGUACCGGCCGUGGUGGUGCCACGGGUCACUCCUUCACGUUCUUCACCGCCGAUAAUGCCCGUCAAGCAGGUGACUUGGUUGAUAUCCUUAAUCAGAACAGUCAAUUUGUUGAUCCUCGACUUCAAAUGAUGGUUCAAACAAGACAUGUUGGCGGCGGCGGUCGCGGUAGAGGAGGACGUGGCCGUGGUUACGGUGGCGGUCGUGGCGGCGGUCGCGGUGGUUACGGCGGCAGUAGCUAUGGUGGUGCACAAAGCUACGGUGCUUCUUCUUCUUACGCUGCUAGCAGUGGAGGUUAUGGUAAUGCUGGUGGUUAUUAUGGUGGUGGGGCAGAUGCUGGUAGCAGCUCCUAUGGAGGUGGUUCUUGGUAA